AUGGUAAGUGAGAAUGCUCCAUCUCUAGAUCCUUACAUUGGAUACAAUGUUGUCGGUGCAGCCCCAUAUGUUAGUUGGGAGCGAAUAGAAGAAGAAAAGCUUCUACCUGGCUUUGCUUUUGAUGCUCAGUUUUUCAAAACGAACUGCGACAUACCGCAGGAUGCUGGCUUGAUGGUCGAUGCGAGAGAUUCAGGUUUUGAUUUUGUAAUGGGGCCGGCUUGCUCACCAUCAGCCUUAAUUGCUGGCAGCGUUGCAAAAAUAUUGGACAUGCCAUUGUUCCUCUGGGGACCACCUUUCGAUAAGGAGCUUCUACGUACUGAUUACUAUCCUAAUGUUAUUGCAACAGCUGCAAGUACAUACACAGUUGCCCUGUAUGUAGCCGACUUUCUGACCACAAUGGAAUGGCUUGAUGUCUCUGUGUUCGUAUAUUCCACUCGUGGAAGUAACGUUCCCAGAUGUCUCCCAGUCGUUGAUGAUUUUGAGGGAAUUAUAAGUGAUACUUAUAAGACUAUAUCUGUUGUCUAUAAGAAACGAUUCUACUCAGCUGAUGUGAAUAACCUUCGAACAUCAAUCAAAGACAUAAAAUCAAUCUCAAGAAUUGGUGUCGUAUGCUUUGAAGAUGAUGUUGCUCGAAGGAACUUCUUGUUGGCUAUAGCUGAAGAGAAGAUGAACACAAAUGAAUAUGUUUGGAUAUAUCUAGAACAUCGUCGAACUGGAUAUAAUAGUUUUUGGAAGGAUACAAAAAAUCCUCCAGAUGGCAAAGAUAGCAUCGCCCUGGCAACAGCUAAAAAAACCUUCUUGAUUGAUGCUCAAGCUUACAACGAUACUUCCAAGUUUGAAGCUGAUCUUCGUCGUAUUUUCUCGGAAAAGCUCAACUGCCCGACAUGCGGUUCAACAAAUUUUGCAUCCAAUGCUGGUGAACUAGCUGAUGCUGUCUAUAUAGCAGCCUAUUUAUAUAAUAAAACGUUGUCCGAUGGGGUGUACCCAACAGGGAAAGAUAUAGUUUCAAGAGCGCCAGGCCUUGAGUUAGAUGGUUUCACUGGAGACAUAAGAUUGAAUGUAAACUUAACUAAGAUAGUUAUGUAUAAGCUGUAUACCGUAGACAAUACAGAUGCACAGAUAGCCGUUGGCUCUAUUUAUGAUUCAGAUCUUGAGGAUGAUGUGAGAAUCAAGAUAGAGUUCAAUGUUCCUGACUCGGUGUUAUUCCAGAAUUUCGGGGGUUCCAAGCCUCUGAACGUGCCCGCUUGUGGAUAUUCAAGGGAAAACUGCCCUCAGCCAGUAUUCCAAGAAUACAUGGGUCCCAUAUUAGGAAGUACGGCAGCAGGAAUUCUGAUAAUCAUAUUGGUGAUAGCUACAGUCAUAUAUAUCAUAAGAGCAAAACAGAUUGAGGAGGAAAAACAAAAUAUUUUAUGGCAAAUACCUUUUAUAUCACUUGUCGUACCGACCUCAAGGGCGGCGAAUCAGCAGAGUACUAGAUCAUUACAAAGUACAAUCACUACCAGCACCAAAUUAACAAUUGAUUCGAAAAAGGAAACUAGCAAUCAUGCUUUCUUUCUCUUAGAUGGAGAAUCUGUUGCUGCUCGUAAACACACUUGUACACGUGUAGCAAUUACCCGUAAUUGCUGGGCUGAGCUUCGAAAAAUGAGACAGCUAGACCACGACAAUCUUUGUCCUUUUUUGGGAUUAUCACUUGAUGGACCGCAACUACUGUCCAUCUGGAAGUAUUGUAGUCGGGGAUCACUGCGUGAUGUCAUUGCCAAAGGAGCUGUUACGAUGGAUUGGUUUUUCAAAUAUUCCUUGAUCAGAGAUGUAGCGGAAGCUAUACAUUUCCUUCAUAAUUCCUCAUUGGGACCGCAUGGAUGGCUUACGUCUACCUGUUGCUUAGUGGAUGAUCGUUGGAAAGUUCGUGUAUCCUUUUAUGGAUUAUCGAAUGUUAAAGCUGAAGAACAGAAACGAACAGAAGAUCUGUUGUGGACAGCGCCUGAGCAUAUAAGAGAUCGAACCCUUCCACCCACGUCGGAAGCUGAUGUUUAUAGCUUUGCAAUCAUAGCUUCCGAAGUAAUAAGUAAGAAGAGUGCUUGGGAUUUAGAGAAUUUGGAUACUGACAUGGAUGAUCUGUUUUAUAAAAUAAAGAAAGGAGGGCGCGAUCCGCCUAGGCCAUCUUUAGAAUCGGACGAUGAGAAUAGCUCUUCUUUGACUUUGUUAAUCAGGGACUGUUGGAGCGAAGAGCCUAAACAAAGGCCAUCAUCUGAUCAGAUAAGAACUCUGAUCCGCAGUUUGAAUCGGAAUCGUCAUUCAAAUCUCAUGGAUCAUGCCUUCAAUGUGUUGGAGCAGUAUGCUUCGAACUUAGAGGAAGAAGUGCAGUUCCGAAUGAAAGAGCUGACAGAGGAGAAGAAGAAAUCGGACAUUCUGUUGUAUCGAAUGUUACCAAAACAAGUUGCGGAUAAGCUGAAGACUGGACAAGCAGUGGAACCUGAAGCUUUCGAUUGCGUUACUUUGUUUUUCUCUGACGUCGUUUCAUUCACAACACUCGCAAGUAGAUGUACACCUCUGCAGGUCGUCAAUCUACUUAACGAUCUUUACACUACUUUUGAUGCUAUAAUUGAUGAUUAUGAUGUCUACAAGGUGGAAACAAUAGGUGAUGGCUAUCUGUGUGUAUCCGGCUUACCUCAUCGCAAUGGAAACCAACACGCUAAGGAAAUAGCGGAGAUGUCAAUAUCUCUUCUUCGAGCUAUCAAAAGCUUCCGUGUACCUCAUUUGCCCAAAGAAAGAAUCAAUAUCCGUGUAGGUAAUCACACAGGACCAGUAGUAACAGGAGUCGUCGGCAUUACAAUGCCUCGUUACUGCUUAUUUGGAGAUGCUGUGAACACGGCAAGUCGUAUGGAAUCUAAUGGAAAACCUGGCAGAAUUCACAUCUCAACGGAAACAAUGAAUUUUCUGACAAACGUGAUUGGAGGGUAUCGAACAGAGCCCCGUGGAGAAGUCAUCAUCAAGGGGAAGGGAGCUGUGACUACUCAUUGGCUUAUACAUGAUGAAAGUGAUAACUAA